UGUGUAACAUUCUGUCGUAAGUGUCGUACUUUGACGUACUUUGUCAAAUUGUCAAUUUCUUGACAUCAGAGGGCUUGUUGAAAAAUAAUUGCGAUUUGUAUUCAAUAAACUGGAAAGUUCUUCGAUUUUUACAAUUAGUUAACAAGUGCUUAAGUUUGAAGGUUCCAAGAAUCUAUAAGUAUAAUGGCUACCGCGCCGAGCGGUACUCACAACUUCAAAGUUGUUUUGCUGGGUGAGGGAUGUGUUGGAAAAACUUCUCUGCUGUUGCGUUAUAUAGAAGACAAAUUCAACGACAAACACCUAACUACACUGCAGGCCACAUUUUUAAACAAGAGACUAAACAUUAAUGGUAAACGGGUAAACCUUUCCAUUUGGGACACAGCUGGCCAAGAGAAGUUCCAUGCAUUGGGCCCCAUUUACUACAGGAACUCCAAUGGGGCUAUCUUGGUGUAUGAUAUCACAGAUGAAGACUCAUUUGGAAAGGUAAAAAACUGGGUUAAGGAACUGAAAAAGAUGUUGGGAUCUGAUAUAGUUCUCACAAUAGCUGGGAAUAAAAUUGACCUAGAACAUGAGAGAACAGUGCCACUGGAGGAAGCUGAAAGCUAUGCCAAUAUGGUUGGUGCUCAACAUUUCUACACUUCGGCCAAAUUGAACCAAGGUGUAGAGGAACUUUUCCUUGAUCUUACCAGAACCAUGAUUGAGAGGUAUGAGCAAAAUGCUCAAACAGAUGUAAACAGAACCUCACAAGUGGUGGUGGUUGACGAUGAGGCUCCCCAGACCCAGUCUUCUUGUUGCUCAGGUAAUCGGAGCAACUAAGAUCAUCUACACUCAUGCAACACUAAACGACACACAGACAUAGUAACAUCAUGUCUCUAGUAGUCAGUCGCAUAUAUAUUUUGCUGAAUACUUGUAAAAAUGUAAUAUAUUAUUUGCAUACUAUAAUAGAUUUGAUUUAUACAACUUAAGUUUUAAAAUAUUCUUUAUAUAUGGUAGCUACAAUUUUUUGUAUUUAUCUCAAUAUGAAAUGUUAUUAUUAAAAAAUAUUAAUUGUAAGAAUGGUGCAUAUACCAAAAAGAUUGGUAAAUGAUAUUCAAAUGUUUCUUAUUACAUAUUUGUCUAAGUUUUAACAUAAAUGAAUUUUUAAGCUAGCGAAAUGCACCUUAUAGCUGAACCGACUGUUGCUUGGUCGAGGAAACAGUGACAUGGCUACUUUUAAUGUUAAUGUAAGUCUUAUUAAUCUAUUCAUUGAUGUACUUUUAUUCCAUUUUGAGAUGUAUUUAUAGUCUAAAUGUUGUUGAACUAAGUUUAUGGCAAAUUCUUAAUGUCGUCUGUUUUUAUAUUUUAUUAAUGGUAUCAGAUGGAUUAGAACAAAGACUUUCACCAAAAUGUUUUAUAUAUAUUAUUAACUCACCUAUUGGAAGGUAUGCAAAGAUAGUUAAUCAAAACAUGAUUUCAAAAGAUAUCAAAUAUUUUGUCAUUAAAAUACUUUUUUGGUUGCUUGGUUGGUGACUCUCCAAGUAUAAGUUAUCCUGUACAACUUAGGAAUUGCAAUUGAUGUAAGUUAUAUUGAACAAACAACUAUGCUUUAAUAAUAAUUUAAUCUUGGUCUAUGCAAAUGAAUUUAAUUUAUAUAUUUGUGGAUACUAAUGUUGUGUCUAGGAUUUUAAUGUAUAAUAAGGUAUGUCUUUCUUAUGAUGAGGGCGUGGUGACGUUCUAAUGUGCCAGGUUAAUAAAAUUGUUCCACUGUUGAAUAUACCUAGUCUGACAUGUCUUUUCUAAUAUUGAUUUCAUGUUCUAUGCGAUCAAUAUAAGUAUCUUUGCCUCAUUCAUGUUAUCUUAAAACUACAUCUUAAGAGAUUUAUAAACUGUUAUUCGUUGUUAUAUUCAUGUUUCACAUAAAAUAAUUUUGUCAAUAUAAUUGAAAAUAUUGUUCGUAAUUUUUAUUAUGUUAUUGUUGGUUGGUUAUUACACCAGCAAAGUAAAUCUUGAACUUGUAAUUGCAUAGACCUGCCAUACUUGGUAUAUUGUGACAUUCGUGCAUUCGUGAGGCAGGGUAAUUCACUGAUGUAAGAUUAUAUUGCACACGUGUAGUAAAAACAUUCACAAUUUAGUCAUAUUCAGUGCACCCACACAAAUAAAGGAAGGAUUGAUGAAAUGAAACAAACGUCUCGUUAACAAUAAUCUAAUAUGCACUACUUGUGUAACCGUGACUAAAAUGAUAUCAACAAACUAUCUAAAUAGCAUAAGCUAAGCAGUUACAUCAAUAUUCAAAGUUUCUUUUCAGAAAUAAAACAUUUUUAUUAUUAAAAGAAGGGACACAUAAAAUUAAUAUUGUCUGUAAAAUUCAUGCAAUAAAGGUUAUGGAUUUGCCGAUUAAAA